UUUGUUGACAAUUAUAAAAAUUGAAUCGAAUAUAUUGACCCAGAUUCGUUAUUAACAUUUUAUGUAAAUGUUUGCCGCAUUUUAAAAGUGAAAUUAUUUCGUGUGAAUGUAAAAGCUAAUUGAUUUCAAACGAUAAUUAAUUGAACAUUGAAUAUGCAUAACAAGGGAGCUUUCAAUUUAAAAGCCAAAUUCUAAUCGCAGGUGUAUAUCGUUUAAUUACAAUUACGUAUCGUGGGUUUGUGUUGGUUGAAGCGCGCGCACAAAUAUACCAGCGAAUAUGUCGCGAAGUACGGAGGCGUAUAAGUCGUCCCCACCGUGGUGUCCACGGUCAGUCUCGAGCUACACUUAAAACGUGGUGGAUGUUUGCGUGGCUGUUUAUCUUUCGUGCACGCGAUUAUCUUUGCAAAACUUAACGAGAAUCAUCGAAAAAAGCCGGUAAUCGAUCGUUCGUGUUAAUCGGUAUCAUGUACAGUGUACCAUAUUUGACGUGUGCUCGUGCUCGUGUUUAUCUUUAAAAUCCGUUCGAACACGGCUUCGAUUCUGCGCUAUGGUAGACGAUCACGUAGGCUCGAAUGUAUGCAGUUUCAACGAAAACAUUCACGACGACGACGUCUAAUAAACUCGACUGUUUCGAUAUAGUUCGAGAUCGUCGAUCGUUGUUGCGUCGACCGAAAUAGAUAUCGAACGUGCGCGAGAAUCCGUGCGCCUGUGUACGAUCACGCGAAAAUACGACUUGUGUGCUAGUCGAUGAGGUUAGGGUGGCGUAUUUACGCAACGAAAAUUCGUCCGGUCGGUGUACGAGUACGCGAUGCGGCUCUGACAGUUCCUUUUAUCGUUUCUGAUAAAUCGUUGGUCGAGCAUCGUACGACGAAACAUUUGGUGCAGUGGUUAAGGGUAACGCCGGAUUCCUGUUCGGCGACUUUGACAGCGCACCGUUCAGAAAAGUGAGGUUAACUCGGGAGGUGUGUCGAAAUUGUGCGUGUGCGUGUUGUGCACGGAGGAAUAACACGGCUAUAAUACAAUGACGGCGAUGUUAGUAUCCGUGGCUGAGCUGUCGAACAUUUUCUUCGUGCUCGUCGUGUCGAUAUGCUUCUGCGGAGUCUUCUUGUUUAUCAUCAGGAACAUGAUCGUACUUCGUAUUCACGGCGACGAACUGAUGUUCGGAGGGAGUGGAAGCGUAAUGACACAUUCGCCGCGCAUACCUCAGAUGGAGAUGAUGAAGGUCCACAUUCCCUUCACCUUCAAGCUUCACGAAAGUUUCAAGAGCACUUAUACCGAGGUUGAAUGCGAGGUGUCGAGCCAGGUCGAGUACUCUCUGCAAGCGAUCUGGGGUGUCAGUAUAAGAGAACUUCAUCUGGCGCUUUGGAAACCCUGGAGCACCCUCAGAGACGCGUCCUUGAACGGCACUCUUCUUCAAGGUCACGCACAAUACCUUACACCACCACAGACACAACCUCAUGGAGAAGAAACGUUGAGAUUGUCGCUUCCGGCACCAGAAUUGGAACUAGGAACACCACCACGACUUUGUUAUCCCCUUGUGAUCUUUCUCACGCGUAGGGAUAACGGAGAUCCUCAUCCUGAUGAAACUGUGGCACUGGUGAAUGUAGUUCACAUCAAAGACAGUGUAUGCACACUGCCAACUUCGAUUCUGGCUCAGUAUCUGAAACAAGCUAAUGGACAAUUAUCGUGUCUUAAGCAAUUGUACUUGGCAACCGGUAAUUCAACGAACUACGACGAAGGAGACGUGUCUUCGGGUCUUGGUUCAGCCUUGGCUCUGGCAGAACCUUGCAACAAUAAUGGCAACUCAGCAAGGGGCACUUUGGUUGCAUCGGGAACCGGUGAUUCCGAAGGAUCCCUAUGGAACACCGCUGGGGAACAACUUUGCGUCGUUUGCCAGUAUUUCCCUCUUUCCCGAGCUCUGCUACCUUGCAGACAUACAUGCAUUUGCGCCUCCUGUUUUGGGAAAUUGGAUCGAUGCCCUAUGUGCAGAAGCCCCAUCAAGAGUUACUUCUGUAUCCGGGGCGAAGAAUACAUGCCUUUGGAGACAGAGAUCAACCCUUGCAAGCAGAGACAAUCCAGCCAUGGACCUACUCACUGGCUUCACGAUUGGAACGAUCGACUAACCGAUUUUCUUGGUUUCGCGCGAUAGGAUACUCGGUAUUCUCUGUCGUUUCGUCUGGAAUCUGUUGUACAGCGUAGUACCGCGAUGCAGAGAUAGAGAAUGUUUGGAUGUAUCUGAUGUAUCUGAACAAGAUCGUAUUUUCAUAUUUUUCUUUUUCUUUUUUCUUCGGCCGAGAAAAGUAGCGUUUUCAACUCCUCUGAAAGUUAAUCGGAGUUUGAUUAUGGAACGAGAGAGAAACGUAUAGAAAAGAGUGGCAGGGCAUUAAUUUAUAGGAGACAGGACAAAAAAUGAGAGAACACAAAGAUUUGUUUGCGUAUGAAAGCGAAUAGAUAAGAAAGGAAGCGGAAGUCUUGGAAAAAUGUGAAAUUUUAUGUAGUGCCAAAUAAGCAGAGCGUGGAUCGCUAGUUUCAUCAUUUUCUUGAAAAUGAUACAUUGAGUUUAUCGCUUAUGUUACUGAUCAUAGGAUUAGGAUUGGAUUACUUUGACGUUACAAGUUUUAUUUUUCCUUUUAUACGACUGUCUUUCGACUCUGCUUCAUAAAGUCAACCUGGAACGCGAAUGACCACUACUUUGUUGGACGUUUAGAAAUCUUCACUAUUGAGAAAUGGAAAAGAGAAAAUAGAAAAUUUAUUAAUGUCCGAGUGAACAGAAGGAAGGAAAAGCGUUUGAUAAAAAAGAAAGAAGGGAUUUAAUUGUAAAGACAAAUAAAGAGUAACGUUUCAGAUUUUUAUCGCGUAACGUUGUAUAAAUACUUAAGAUGUAAAUACAAGAUAAAAGUAAGAAGACAUGUCCAAUUUUAAGAUGUAACUAAUAAUUAAGUUAUUGAUAUUAUUUCAUACGAUACGCAGGUUUAUUCGAUAGAUAUUAGAAACAUUAGUUCCGAAUAUGCAUGCCUUUAAAAGUAUUCUUUCUCUGUUUUCUUUUUUCUAUCUAUAUGUAUUGAUACACAAAAAGGAGAAAAAAAAAAGAACAUUUUUUUUUUCUCUUGUAAUGCUCUGCCGUCCACGCGCAGCGAUGGAGCUAAUUUCCCUAAUGUUCUUAUCAGAACAGCGCUACCAUGAAAGAACGUUGCUGAAAUAAUUUAAUAAGGUUGUUGCGUUAACGUUUAAACUGUAAAUACACAGACUGUGAUAAUUCUAAUAACAUCUACUAUAUAAACCGGAUACACGAGAAAGGGUGUCUCUAAUUCUGAGACACCCCGGAGAAUGGAAUUGGAGCGGCAGGAAGUUGAACAUGAAAUCGUUUUCAGAUUUCACACUCAAUGUACACACGAGUUAUCAGCCUGUUUUUUUAUCUAUUAGGCGCUUACAUAAAAAAAUAAAAAAGAAAACUGACGAUACUCUCUUGCGUGGAGUUUGUAAUAAAAUCGGAAUUUUAUUAAAAUUAAGAUAAUCUUCAUGCAAUGUUUGUAUGAUUGAGUCCGUUCGUUGCUUGUAUCUUGAAAUUGGCAAGAACAAGCAGGUAAAGUAUCUUUGAAAGAAACGCUACAAAAUGAUGUUUUAAUUAUUGUUAUACACAAUAAUAUACAAUUGCAAACUCCAAUGUGCAAAAGUGUGAGAGUAUUUAGACCUAUACAUGUUAAUUGAAGAGUAAAGGCCUCUAAAGUUAAUGUUAUUGUAGUCGACGAUCUUAACAUCCUAAUUUAUAUUUUAUUUAGUAAAUACGGCAUUUUGAUGAUGUGACAAUGCCUAUAUGUGAGAACAACCUGUAUAUAAUUUAUUUAAUAAAGCUCAUUCAUUCUGUCA